GGUUUUUCCUAUGUGGCUCAAAGUGUUUGUGAGGACUUCGCACGAGACGCGGUUGCUGAUACCAGCUCGACAUCCAGGCGACGACAUCAUGGUGAUCGGGCCGCAUUAUCGGCCGGCCGGCUUCGUCGUCUGGGUGGUGUUCCUUGUCUAUGGUCUUCGAAAACUGACACUCAUCACCGGAAUGGUCAUUCAAACCAUCCGGGUCCGAUAGUUCACCGAACCGGUCUGGAUCCAGUCACUGCAACCAAUGGGAUUUUGAACAAAAUUCAGUUGCAUGCACACGCUGUCUGCACGGGACAUAAGACGGAGAAUGGGUUUGUCCGUCCCUCGACCGGGACUCGUCUCGUCAAACCGGAACCACCUCUUCUACCUUCCGCCUCUCAGGCCACUCUGGUCGGGCGGAACUCGGAUCAGGAAAUGGAUUCUGAAAUUCCAUGUAAUAUGGCGGGUCCCGGAGUAGACGAACUGGAGGAGGAGGAAAAUGUGCCUGGGGCUAAGCAAAUUCAGCAGAGCAACGGUUGCUCUUUCUAUAUCCCACCUCAUCCGCCUGAGCGAUCCACGACCAAAGAUGUGGUGAGUUUUGACUUCACCGCUGGCCCAGUGAAUGUUGACAAAUCAAACGCAUUUCAAGGCUAUCCGAUCCCUUUGACCCAUUCCGCUUCCGGUAAUCAGCUUCGUAUUGGACGACCCACACAGGGGGCGGGGACUAUCACUUCAAUACCUCAACCGGCCCACCGAAGUACUGUGGAUUUAAAGUCGUACGGAUACCAGAAUAAAUCAAUAACUGGUCAUCUGCCCGGACGAUUUAAUCAUUCCACUGACCACCUGGGCGCACUGCACUCAGGAACUGGCAUAAAUCGUCGUCCACUAGCCACGCAGCAACCCGUUCCAUCUAUCAAUGCCCACAAAGCACCAAGUUUGGCCGCUUCGCGCACUGAUGUGUCACCUGUAUCGAACGGUAGCCAUGGCAUCAACGGUGUGGUGGGAACGAAUGCCGCGGCGGGCUCCAUAUCACCACAUCAGAACGGGGCCUCAAAGUGUUCUGUGAUGUGA